AUGUAUGAUGGCAAGGGUGAUCCCGACAAUCACCUGAAGCACUUCAAUGGCAUGAUCAAGAUGCAACGUUGGAAUGUUCCGGUUGCUUGCCAUAUGUUUGCUCUUACUAUGAAGGACGUAGCUCGCGCUUGGGUAGACGGACUACCGGUCGGGAGUGUAGUAAACUUUGAAGAUCUUAAGAGAAAGUUCAGAUCACACUUCAGCCAGCAGAGGAAAUACCAGAAGAUCCAUUUAGAAGCAUACAACAUAAAAAGAAGAGAAGGUGAAAGCAUACGUAAUUUCAUUACGCGAUACACGGAUGAAACAACACUCAUCAAAGGUCUGGCUGAAAGUCAAAAGAUAUCCGGUUUCGUGCAUGGACUGAGAUUCAAGCCAUUGGUCGAAUUUUUAUCUACCGACCUCCCACAGACAUAUACAGCUAUAACUGACAAGACACACAGUUUCUUGCUUGCAAAGGACACGACUGGUAACUUGGGAAGGGCGGAACCAGUAGAAGGAAGUCCGUAUUUCAAUCUGCAGCCUUAUGGAAGGGGCGGGGGACGAGGCCGGAGGGGUCGUGGAGCUGCAGAAAGAUCACCACCAAAGCCACAACAGCGGGGGAAAGACAUGAGCAAAUUAUGUGACUAUCAUAAUGUCCGCGGGCAUUACACAAAUGAUUGUAAAGUAUUCAAAACCAAGGUAAAGGAAGCAGCCAAAAUCGGAAGGCUGGCCCAGUUCUUAAAAGGCUUGAAAGAACAAGGGCUAAAAGAUAAUCAAGGAAGGCAAGAUAACACCGAAGCUCAAGCAGCAAGACCGGAGGUAAUGGAAGCUCCCAUAACUAUGAUAAUUGGUGAAGUUCGACGAGAAGAGCAGAUACCAAAUAAAAGUGAGCCAUGGAAGUCGGUGGAAGUAAGCUUCCCACCCAUUGAAGAGAAAGAUGCAUCGGAUGACCCAAUUGUGAUCCAAGCGAUCAUAGGGAAACAUCAAGUGAAAAGAGUGCAUGUGGACACCGGAAGUGGGUGUGAAAUUAUGUACGACCAUUGCUUCCAAAGAUUAUCGCCAACCCUCCAAAAGUUAAGGAAAGGUUCAGCAAGCUCCCUAAUUGGAUUCUCGGGGGAAAGAGCAUGGUCACAAGGUGAGGUCACUUUAUAA